UAACUAAAGUGUCGUUAUUGCAGUAUGGAAGUGGGGUGUGGAUACCAAGAGGAUUCACUAUUAAUAUGACUUAUGUGGACAGUUUGGUGAGAGUGGAUUUCGGCCCAGUGUGUCCUACAUAUGAAGGUAAUCAUUUCAUGGAAAUACAAUUUACUACUUACAUAUUAGGGGAUUGCAAUACGACGCAGACAAAAACGUAUUCAUUCCCAACCUGGCAUAAUAUUAGUGGCAAUACAAAGGUUUUUAUUACAUAUAGCAUGGACUUCCUAGUUACACCAAAUUUUCCAGUUUAUACAGACAUACUGGUCGAAUUACUUCCAAUCAGAGUUAACCUUCAGCCAGGUGAAAGAACAACUAUUACUGUGAAGUAUAUAUUUCCACUGAAUUCCACUUAUCCAAACUCGUCUGUGGAAAUCAGUGUAGGUGGAGCAAACGAUAACAAUGAGACUAUAAUAAGUGUCAAUGAUUUCAAAAUAAGUUUGGGUUCAAAUUUAGUCCCACUGACAACUACUUAUUCAUCUACCUAUAAGCCAAAUAAUCAAACAGGCCUUAUGGAUCGCCUGAUAAUUCACUUUGAAAAUAUCGUUAAUAUCGGAUCCGUUAGUGCACCUCUAAUGCGCAACACUGCCAUCCUUUCAGUGGAUAUCCAGUUAAGUGAUAGUAAAAGUGUUGAAAAUGGGACUGUCUGGUUGCUGCAAUUCACUGGUCGAUUCAAUAAUAUUACAAAACUCACCAACUUAUCUGUAACUUGUGUAAGAACUGGCUUGGAAAAACCUUCAAUUAAAGUUAUACCAUCUCAAUUAUCACUGGUUGCAUCCAAUGAUUGCCCUGAUCGGGAUGAAGUUUAUCUUCAAACUAUGGUUCAAAUGAUGAACGGUACCGGAUUGGAAUGCGAAAGACAGUCAAUAAUAUUCUAUCUCAGUCCACAGAUACAGUCAAUUGACGUAUUUAAUAAAACGGGGAAUACAGAUGAUAUAACAUUGAAAACUGCUUUAAAUCCAGUAUCCAAAUCGGUUCAGUUCACAACUGGUCAUUUAUACUUUGGUAAAAGCUACACAGCUAUCUUCCGAUUGAAAUUCAAAUCGUCUCGGACAUCUGUUGAAAAAUACCCAGUUCUAAUCGAAGUUGUAUGUAAACCGUAUGAACGCAAUAUUUCUGUCUUUAGUGGCUGUGUAAGAUCAAAAUUUUACAAAUUUAGAUCUCAUAUACAUGUAGAACUUGACUACCAUACAUACUCAUAUCCAUGUGAUUUGCCUCAUUACAAGGCAUUGCGGAAUCCUGCUGUGCCGUUGCCUAGUCGUCAGUCAGAUACAUUCUUAAAUGUUCGUGAUCGUCUGUUUUACUGUGGACGUGCAUUUAAUAUGAAGGGGUCAUUUGAUUUGGAGAAACGUUGCUUUAUGAUUAGCAAAUUACCUGACAGAAUAUGGAUCGACAUGGGACCAUUUGUUGAACAGAUUAUAGCGUACACAAAUCCACUUGGCAUAUUGUUCGGUUUGGGAGCAAAUGGUGGAGGUGUAAUGAUGAGUAAGAACUUUGGAAAAACAUGGAUUUCAAUCAACUCAUUCAUGUAUCAAAACACUUUGAAUACGUCAACUGAAAUCAUUACAGCAAGUGUCGUACCAUGGAUUUCAUCAACUGGAUCAAUUGACAAUACACUGUUUGAGUCAUUUUGCAAGAUGCGAGUGGCUGAACAAUGGAAUGUUUGCAUCAACCAAAUCUAUGCCAACCAAAUGUUGUUAGCUAAUUGGACUUACACAUGUCCGAAAAUCAAGCUGUUUUAACCAACCAAUUAUCUCCACUGGAAAUACGAACAUUGCUUAAACACUGGUGAAUUUAAGUCGUGUUAGAUUCAGGUUGUAUACGAUUAUGUAGUUGUCAGUUAAUUUCUAUUUAUACUGUUGUCUUAUUAUUCAUCUAAAAAUUUACCUAUUUUUAAUUAAUUACAUGCUUGUAAAACUUCA